AUGAAAAGGGGACAAUUAAAGGGCAGAAACAAAGGACACAAGAGUUCCACUCCAAUGUAUGUCCAAACGGGGUCCUCCAACUCACAGAAACCCACCGAAGAAACAUGGGGCAACCUGCCACACCAUGUAGUCCUGCACAUAUUCCAGUACUUGUCUCUGGUGGACCGGGCUCGAGCGUCGUCUGUGUGUCGCCGAUGGAACAAUGUCUUUCACAUCCCAGACCUGUGGAGGAGAUUUGAAUUUGAGUUGAACCAGCCGGCUACAUCUUACCUGAGGUCCACGCCAGAUCUCAUUCAGCAAAUCAUCAAAAGACACGCUCAACACCUGCAACAUUUAAUGCACAAGGUUGACAGCUGCACAGAAUCUGCAGAAGCCGCCAUUAAGACAUUGGGUCUGAUUUCCACAGCACGCCCCAGCUUCAUGGACCUGUCACAGUCGCACUUUGUGUCAGCGCUGACGGUGUUUUUUGUGAAUUCAAAGUCGCUGUCCUCUAUAAAAAUCGAUGACACACCCAUCAAUGACCCUUCCUUAAAGGUGCUGGUGGCCAACAACAGUGACAUGCUCAAGCUUCUGAAGAUGAGCAGCUGUCCUCAGGUAUCUCCUGCAGGCAUUCUCUGUGUGGCUGAUCAAUGCCACGGCCUGCGGGAAUUGGCUCUUAACUACCACCUGCUGAGCGAUGAGCUUCUUCUGGCCCUGUCCUCCGAGAAGCACGUUCAUCUGGAGCACCUGCGGAUCGACGUGGUGAGUGAGAACCCAGGCGAAACCCAGUUCCACACCAUCAAGAAGAGCGGCUGGGACACCCUCAUCCACCACUCGCCCCAGAGUGCGAGCCACAAGCCCUUCUUUCGCGAGGAGACGCCCGUCACACACCUGUAUUUUGGCCGGGCGGUCAGCAAAGACAUGUUGGGCCGUAUCUGGCUGAACUGCCCGCAUCUCGUGGAGCUGGUGGUAUGCGCCAACGGGCUAGAGCCGCUGGACGAAGAGCUGAUCCGUAUCGCAGAACGAUGCAAGAGCCUCACCGCCAUUGGUCUGGGCAAGUGUGAGGUCACUUGCAGUGGAUUCAUGGAGUUUGUAAAGAUGUGUGGUGGUCGUCUGAGCCAGCUGUCCAUCAUGGAGGAAGUGCUUAUUCCUGACAACACAUACAACAUUGAGCAAACCCACAGAGAGGUCUCCGAACAUCUGGGCCGCAUUUGGUUCCCAGAUAGGAUGCCCACAUGGUAGUUCUGCCAACUUGCCCUGUCGCUACCUAAUAUGAAAAAACAGACAGCGUAGACGUAUUUACAGAGAUGCACUUGUCAUUAAAAUGUUUAGAUAGCCACUCCAGUCUACUCAUUAUUCAGACAAGCUGUUUGCAUUUGGCAGGCAUGGUAACCAUUAAACAGAAUCGGGUAAUUAAAAUACAUCAUGGGA